CUGAUAAUUUAGAACUAUUGACAUCUGAAACAACUUAUGAGUAUAGCAGACAUAUGUUAUAAAAUUUGAACAAAUUUCCUUGCAUCUUUAAGCCUCGCGCGUCAGUCAAAUUUUGCACAAAACUUUGCAAUACCAUUAGUUUUCUGUAGACCCUUAAACUAUAAGCAUUGAAAGCAGAAAGUGCAAGCAAAAUGAAGUUAAACUACAAUCUCGCAUUACUAGUGCUGAGCCAAUGUCUGUAUGGCACUACGGAUGCACAGCUCCGUAUUGUCGGUGGCAGAACCACGAAGAUAAAAAAGCAUCCGUAUAUGUUAGGGCUGCUAACUGACGGCUCAUACUUUUGUGCCGCUUCGCUUAUCUCGAAAAGACACGGGCUCACAGCGGCGCAUUGUCUUUAUGAUAAACAAGUUUCGGAAAUCAUUGUUGUUGCGGGCGUUACGGAUCUACGGACCAGCGGACAGCGUCGACGCGUGAAAGAAAUGUGGUAUCCUGAAGAAUUCGAUACGACUAUCAGAAAUAUGGACGUCGGCGUGCUCUUGUUCCGCAAAGCCAUGGUUCUCGGUUCGAAUGUGGCCAUCAUACCGCUGGCGAAAACCAGAACUAGAGCAGGCGUGCGCAUGCGUGUCAGCGGCUGGGGAACGACAAACGAAACCAAGCAGACAGCCGUAAAUAUACUACGUACGGUUGUUGUACAGAUCAUUGCAUCGAACACUUGUUCGAGCGAGUAUGCAAAAGUCAAUACACGCUUAACGCCAACAAUGUUGUGUGCCGGACGUGGCGAUAAAGAUGCAUGCACCGGUGAUUCCGGUGCACCAGCAGUUAUUAAUGGCAGACAAUAUGGAAUCGUAUCGUUCGGCAACGGUUGUGGGCGUAAAAAUUAUCCGGGUGUCUAUACAAAAGUGAUGAAUGUAAAUGUGCGCGAUUUUAUUGACGAAUGCCUUCGAUUGUGAACGCGAGAAUGAGUUUUACAUAAUUCUUGUAAUAUUAAGAUUCAAAUAUAUUCUGUGUUAUUG